GCUACGUCCGAGUGAUAUUUUGGCUAAAGCUAAGAACGAAUAUGAGACGAAAUGACGUUUGUAGUUUGUUGACAUUAAUCAGUGGUGCGUGGUAUAAAUGCCCACUAAGUAAAGCUUUAAGUGUUCGUUUCUUUUUUUCUUUUUUGAACAUAAGAGCAGGAUGUGAAGCAUUGUCGGCAGGUCGAAGAAAUGGAAGGUGCGAGACUACAAAAUUAAUAUGAGGUCGAUUUAAUUUCCUGUCAGUAGUGCCUCCAAGGGGUUCAUAAAUCACCAUAUUAAGGAUUGCUAUUCAGGUGCAGCAAAUUUUGUGGACAAUCAUUACUAGAUGGGCUCUGUAGACGAGCAAAAUUUCAGGUGCUGCCAGCUGGCCGGCAAGAAAAUUAUGGCGUCGAUGUCACCUUCUGAGCGACGCCUACAGAAAGAGCUGAUGUCUUUGAUGAAAGAACCUCCACCAGGUGUCACUGUAGAUGCUGAAGGUGCCGGACAAAACCUUACACAAUGGAUCAUAAACAUGGAAGGUGCUCAGGGAACUCUGUAUGAAGGGGAGCAGUUCCAACUACAAUUUAAAUUUAGUUCAAAGUAUCCAUUUGACUCACCAGAGGUGACAUUUAUUGGUCCGAACAUUCCAGUCCAUCCCCACGUGUACAGCAAUGGCCACAUCUGCCUAUCGAUUCUUACAGAGGAUUGGUCGCCUGCGCUCUCUGUCCAGUCAGUGUGCCUCAGUAUUGUUUCCAUGCUCAGCAGUUGUAAGGAGAAGAAAAGGCCUCCUGACAACUCUUUCUAUGUAAAAACCUGCAAUAAAAAUCCAAAGAAGACCAAAUGGUGGUAUCAUGAUGACUCCGUAUAGGACUGGCUGUGAUUUAGUGAGUAUGAACUCAAACAUUUGAUCAGCCAGUAUGAAAGACAAUCUGCUAUUACAUUUUACACUUUAUUCCACCCUGAACAUUGUUGUUUUCUGUGCGGAACACAUCUCACUGUGUGGUGCAUCGCAAUCGACCAAAGAGGAACGUACCCAGUGCCUGUAUGUUGAUGUGUAAAUACCAGAAUUAUGACUCUACUAGUUUAUAUUGUAAUUAACAUUAAUUUACCUGACGAUUAACAUAUUUGUGGAUAAGAUAUAUUCCAGUGCUGCAAGACAAUGACUUUCCUUUGCAAUUUGUGGACAGAUGUGUAUAAUUUCUGCAUUUAUUCCAACACAGCAGCUAGGUCAUGUGACAUUCAUGUAUGGCUGUGGACAAUGGUUUAGGUGCCACAUUCCAAUAAAAACAAUUGCAAUGUAGAAAAUGCACCAUCUUUCCUUGCAUUAGAUGUCCCCUCCUCAUCUUAAUGCAAAUACCAUUUGAAGUCUCUCUUACACAAGUAAAAGGGGCCACACAUUUUAUGUGCACAUAACCUCAGUUCAUGCUCAUUAUCUUCCUUUAAAGUAGCAGUUCUCAUUCAGUACUUUUAUCACUCUUUUAACCCCUUGCUUAUGAAACCGGAAAUGUGUGAACCCACAUUAAUCUGCAUCUACUUUUUUGUAUUUCUACCCACCCAUUUGACUUGGCCCAUCUCUAAUCACAAGUCAUUCCCUUCAACAGUGCAGCUGAAACUGACUAUAAAAUGAUUUUUUUAUAAAACAAACAUAUAAACCAGUAACAAUGUUAUCUACCCCCUUAGUACGUAUGACUGAAUUUGUCUUACAGAAUAACUGAUAUGUAUAUAUUCUGACAAUAUAUAAUUUUUACUGAAGUUCCUGAACCACCCUGGAUAUUGUGAACCAUUGCUGUAAUUGCUUUUCUACAGAAAUUAGAACUGUGCGCGUGUGACAAGUUUACAUAAUUUAUGUAUUAUAUGGUACUUUAUCUUAUUUAUGGCAUUUUUAUCUUGUGUAUUUGAUGUAAUGGAAAACAAUGCAGCAUUUCUCUAUUUUGCUUUGCAUUUAACAUCAACAGCCGUACAUAAAAUACCAGUUUUAGUGAAAAUUAUUUUUAUUCUGAUCUGUCUUCUGACAGUGCAAGAGUUUGCACUCUGAAUUUCAUUCAAUUCAAACAGCCAUUGGUGCAAAUGGAAGAUCAGUGCAGGUAGAUUUUUUCAUUUACUUGACACUUUGCUUGCUGCUACAUUUUUUAAUCACCUAUAUUGCAAAUGUUGAGGUAAAGAUUUAAUAUGUUAUGUUUGGUUUAAUUCUCUUGAUUUUAAGAGUGUGCUGUCUUUGCAAAUAAUGCUGCUUGCAUCUGAUACUCAAAAAGCAAAUAAUAUGAAUGUAAUAAGAUAUAGUGGAGAAAAGAAUGAAUAUGUAUAUGAUGGCAUUGGAGUAGUAGGCAAUAUAUUUAUGGACUAUUAUGUAUAAUGAAUUAUUUAAUCUGUUGCAAUGUGUAGUACAGUGUAGGCUGUAUACCCUUUACCAAGGCACAUCAUUUGUCACAGACUGAAGAUGGUGGCCAAUAUGCAUGUACAUUUUGAAACCAACUUCUUUAAUCUUACUGCCAACCUGAAAUGGUUGGUUUUCCAUUACAUUAAGAGAAGCUGACAAUGUUUACAUUUACAGUCUCUUGUAUUGUACUGUACUGUCCAUGUGCAUGAAUGGAGAAAUGCAAUGUAACAUAGCAUAGCUGCUUGUUUUUAAUGUGUAUUAGAGCAAGUUCUGAAUUAAAUUAUGAAUUGCAGGUAUAAGAGAUAUAUAAUCAUAUGCCCAAAUAUGAGAAAGUGAAUGAAGACUUAGGAUUUUAUGUGGGUUAUGCAUCAUUGGUAAUGCAUAUGCUGGAGAUUAGCAAUGAGAUAUCUUAGAUGUAGAACAUCAGCGUCGAAGUUGGUUGCCCCUGAUAUGUUGUAUGAAAUAGGCUACAUCUAUAGUUUGUUAGUAUUACUAUCAUAAGACUUUUCAUAAUGCAGGCCUGUGAUUUUUUGUAAAUGUGUAAAUUUGAUACAUUAUUAAAUAUCAGAAAUGUGA